AGUCGUGUUUUAACAUGCCAGCGUCUUGUUGUGUCUUCAGGAGUCCUAAGCAUGACAAGUUUGCAUGAUAUUUUAUUUUGAAAACGAGAAUGUAGUGUUGUAUUCCCUGCAUGAAGUAUCAGGCCGUAGUCACACUGCCAUAUUUUUUGUUUCUUCAAUAUCAGUAUUUGCCUCUCGUCAGAGGCGAUACACAGCUACCUGCUGAGCUAUAAUAAAGUGAAACCAAUGCUAUCUGAUACAACUCUCCGACAAUAAGAAUAUACCUUCAUGAAGGUACAAACCUGAAUAGAAACCUCAUCUCAUGCAGUUUUUCAUUUUGGGCCCAGAUCUUCUGAAAACAUGGAGAAAGUGGAGGUGUUUGAGGUUGUAAAAGUGACUGAGGAAGUGGACAGCUGCUAUAACCAAAUGGAGGUGACAACUCCCAAAAAGAGGAAGACCAAACUUCAAGAAGACAAUAUUGAUAAACCUAAAAAGCCUAGGUCUGCCUACCUGCUAUACUACUUUGAUGUUCACCAGAUUAUGCAGCAGGAAAUCCCUAAUAUUCCACAAUCAGAGAUCAACAAGCGGAUCAGUGAGAGCUGGAAGAGGCUCAGCGUAGCCGAGAAAGCCUACUAUCUGGAGAAGGCCAAGUCUGAGAAGGAGGGAAUAGACGCAUCAUCCCCCAGCCCGUCCAAAGACCUGCCAGGCUUCCGCAGAAUCCUCCCCAGAGCCAGUUACUUUCUCAUGUCUAAGAGCUGCUCCUCAAAUCACCAGCCAGGAGGCUCUCAGGCUGAGGUGAACGUGGACUCUCUGGACUCUCCAGUGGAGGGAGGUCUGCCUUCUGUUUCUGUCACCCAAGAGCCCCAGUUCACACCACUUGAGUUGGCCAGUGAAGGGGAUCUUUCAAAGCAGCCCGUCGUUAUUGAUGAGAUAGCAGAGGGAACUGCAGUGGUGUCUCAUAUCACAGACCCUAAAGCUAUCCCACACUCUUCUUCCUCAUCUGUCUCAUCUACAGUCCCGGCCUCCACAGCUGUUCAUGUCUCACAGGGCUCUGACGAGCUUACAGCCAAUGGGGUCAAACUGAAAGGAAAUGAGACAAGAGUUGCAGGUAGUGGUUGUGGUGGGCCAAUGGUGCAGCAGAAACAGGGGGGAGCUACACAGGUGGUUGCUAUCAUACCCACCCAGAACCUGCUGGAGACCAGUACUUUGGCAGGUGUCAGCCCUGUGGGCCCAGUGAUGAUGCUCUCUGUAGGAGCUGGCAUCGAACAAAGUGCCAAAACUUCAUAUAAAAUGUCCGUGAAGACAUACACCCGGAGAGGUCGAGGGAGGUGUCUAAAUCCUGGGUGUUCAUUUGUCUAUGUAACCCGUCACAAGCCACCAACAUGCCCUGAUUGUGGGAGCCACUUGGGUGGAAAAUGGGUACCUGCUGCAAAGAAGACACGAGAGAAAGAAGCUGCGUCCAAGUCACAGAAAGCUGAACCCAAGCAUAAUGAAAGCUGCCAACCCACACCUCCUUCUGCUCAGGAGGGGAACACUGAUGUUCGGAAAACAAACACUACUGGGAAUAAAAAAGAAGGACGAGUUCAAAGGUGCUCCCGGAAGCAGCAUGCAAUUCCUGGUGGAAAGACACCAGAGGGCAGCAGCGCCAAGGAGCAGGAACAAACAAAACAGCUGAAAGACAGUCUUAAGGGCGCGACGGUCCAAGGUGGAGACAGAAGCAAUGCUGCUGUUCAGAAGAGGCCUGUGAGACCCAUCCUUCCUGCCUACUAUAGCACAGGCCGUACUUUGUUCCAGAUCUUAACUGUCCCACCUGAGAAAGGAAAAUUUCAGAGUGCAAUCAACAAUAAAUCAUCCACUGUGCCUCGAGACAGUUUCUCAGGUCUCAAACCCAGCACUUUAAAGCAACUCGGCCAGACAGUCACGACAGCCACAACCAAACAGGAUUCUUAUGUCUCAGCAGAGGGUAGCCAACCUAUGACUUCAGUAGCCGACAAGAGAGUGAAUAUCCUGUCGUUUGUGCCUUGCAAACAACAACACACGGUUUCCAGCUUUGAUUUGGGACUUUCUACGGCACGAGGAAGGGGUCGGUGUAAGAACCCAUCCUGUGACUAUAUGUAUAAGAACAGACACAAACCUGCAGCGUGUCCUAAAUGUGGCUGUGAACUGACCCAGAAGAACGCCAAGGGAACAAAGUCUGGGACUCUGCUCGAUCCAUACCAGGCCUUGAGUCCUGCUCAGAAGGACAUCCAGCGGCAAAAUACCCUGCAGUUACUGCACCGGUCCCUGCAGAUUCCUGAGAGUGAGACUGAGCUCCAGGAAACAUUGACCCUCAUCCAAGAGCUCAACAGUCUCCAGAUCAUCUUGGUUCAGCCAGGCGACCAGGAGCAUGAAGGCACUGUAGAGACAGAGACGCUGGUUGAGUCUGGGUGGCCUCAGUUCUAUGAAUCAGCAGCGACUCACUGUAGCCUGUGUAACUACCCUCUCUUCAAAGGAGACCAAAGUACUGUUGCUGGACAAGAGGACUGCUGGCUGCUUACUGAGACACUCAUCCAGACGGCCUCCCUCCAGCUCAAGGUGUGUCUCAACGUUCAGUGUCUGGCUCUUCACAGCUUCACUGACCUGCAUCCAGGUUUGUUCAAUGUUGGGAACAGACUGCUGGUUAGUAUUGACCUGUUCCUGAGGGUCAGGGCCAGUAUCAAACUUGGCCAAACCCCCCCUCAGGCAGCCAGGACCAUACUGGACCACAUCCCCAGUCACCCUGUUCACACACUGAGUCCGGAGGAGUUAUCUCAAAUUCAAGAGCUCCUCCUGAGUGGCUACUGGGCCUUUGAGUGUUUGACAGUGCGUGAUUACAAUGAUAUGAUCUGCGGCAUUUGUGGUGUUGCCCCCAAGCUGGAGAUUGCACAGCGAAACACGAGCAACGUACUGGAGCUGAAGAAUGUGGAGUUUACCUGGCCUGAGUUUUCCGUCUCCGAUGAGGUACAUGUAGAUGACUUCUGGCUAACCAUGGAAAGUGAGGCCAUCGAGCAAGCGACUUUCCCCACCGAGAUUCCUAUCACACGGGUGGAUGCUUCUAUCAUCGCUCCCUUCAUUCCCCCGCUGAUGAGAGGCUCCACCGUCAUAAACACAGAGAAGGACAAGGUCCAGUCACACACAACGCAGCCCUCAGGAGAUCCAUCGGUUUUAGUUCGUCUCAUUCAUGAUGGUCAGCUGAGACUCGACAAAAUUGAAGAUCACACUGAGGACGAGCUGAGAACAAUGCUGGACCGCUGCGGGGCGAACAUUACCCCGGGCUCCACUAAGAAUGAGCUGCUGGCCUCCCUCAUCUCCUUGUACACACUCGUUCACAGUGGCCUCUCCACGGCCCCACAGCCUCCAACACACCUCACUGCUGGAAAGCUGUCCAAGGUCUGCCCCCACAAGGUGGUGUGUGGAUCUAAGUACCUGGUGAGAGGAGAGACGGCUCGAGACCACGUAGACCUGCUACUGUCCUCUCGCUACUGGCCCCCGGUCUACGUCAGCGACUGUGCUCGUCAGGUGGCAGUCUGUGCUGACAUGCAGUACCCAGAACUGGCAAACAAGAUGUGGGGCAGGAACCAAGGCUGCUUCUCCGACCCUUUUGAAAAGCCAGAGUCUGUGUCAUGUGCUGAGCUACAAGACCAGCCCUACAGUGCUGACCUGUCGUUGGUCGCAGAGAACCAGCAGGUUCACCCCAUCACCAAGUCAUCUUGCUGCUGGCUUGUUCAUCCUGCUGGAGCAACCCAGGAGCCUCCUGCUCUUCCUCACGAGCACCACUCGAUGGUCCUCUGCAGAGAACUGGAGCCCUACAUCGGCCUGAUGGACGAGCUGGGGAAAGAGGAGGAUGACAAGAGGGCAGAGCAGAAAGAACACGGGAAUGAGAGUGACUCAGUGGACUGUUCCUCUGUAAACCAUGUGCGGCGGCAACCUGUGGUAUUCAACAACACCGCCUGUUACUACCUUUACAACCGGCUGGUAGAUUAUCUCACCAGCAGAGACAUUGUUAGCCAGCAGAUCAACCAGGUGGUGAACGCUUGCCAGCCUGGGGAGGUGGUGAUCAGGGAUGCUUUGUACCGACUGGGUGUGGCACAGAUCAACACAGAGAAAGAGGAAGAUGAAGGAAGCGGGAUGGAAGGGGAGGCGCAAGCGGGAGGGACUGAGACCUAUGAGGUUGUGCUUGGUGAGUAAAAAUGUUCAGAACAGACAGUCAGGAGGCAGAAAAAGUGACGGACUGAAUCUCAAAGACGGCUGCAUGCAGUGACAAGAGUGCACAUAAUAAGACAGACGUGAGAGACAUGUGGAGAGGAACAGUUGCAUUAAGAAGGAUCCCAGAGUUUGGAGGCGGUUACUUUAUUUGUAAUAUAGCAGUCUAGCCUGAACAACAACACAUGCAGUCAGUUAGACGUUGUUGUCAGAUUUUACUGAUGUAUGAUGAAUAUGGAUAAAGCGGACUGAAUUUAGCAGAAAUGGACCCGGUCUUCUAACCAUCUGUUAAUACAGCAAAAGAGUAAAUAAAAGUUUAGAUGACACUGACUGAAUGUCAGAAUUACCAUUUCAGAUGACUGAAGGAAUGUAACAAUAUUUUGUGUCUUUCCAAAUGGGUGCCAAGAGUGAAAAGAUGAGAAAGUGUGUGUUUUCCUGUGACUGAAAGAAUAUAGAAACUCGGCAACAUCAAGCCUAAAUGUAUGAUGAUUUAACCACGAAGGUUAUGUUGUAUUUAUUUCCCUGUCAUGAGCAGAGACACAUAUGCUUUAUGUUUUACACUCUUACCUCUCGCCUUUCACUUGUUGCCUUUUGGACUGAUGUUUGCAUUUGAAAAGUGAAGAUGAUGUAAACAAUGUAUCUGUUGAUUAUACUGAACUGUUAAGUGGUGAUGGACUUUGGGGCCUUCACUUCAUUUUAGAUUACAUUUCCUUCCCAAUAAAGAUCUAUUCCAGGA